GGUCUGACCAACUAACCAUUAGCGAUGACUUAUCUGCCAGACCGCAGCUGACCACACUGCGUAAUAACUCUGGGACUCAUUCAGAGGAAGUACAGUCCUAUGCUGAAGUACAUGUUUGAACUGAAAGAAGAUUCUGUUAAGAACAUGGAGAGAUCCAUUACCAUCCUCCUCCUAUGGUGUCAUCUCCAAGGCGUCGGAGGCCAGAGCUGGACCGUGUCUCUGCCCCAGAGUGUGAAGGGUCUGCAGGGUUCCUGUGUGAGGAUCCCUUGCAAUUUCACGCUGGAGCGCGGCUGGGAUACUGACCUGGACCAUGCAUGUAAAGCCCAAUGGUUUAAGGAUUUUAGGAAAGACCCAGUGUUUGACUCCAGCCUCGACGGAGAUCGAAACCUCUACCAGGGAGAUCUGGAGGGGAAUCUCCUGAACAGAGACUGCACAACUGUCUUCCACAACCUCCCCGCCUUCAAAUCCAAGCUUUUCUUCAAAAUAAAUUGUCAAAGCAGUCUCAAAUACAAAUUCACUACUGCCGUUGUGGUCGAUGUUAAAGAUGCGUGGAGACCGGUCUUGAAUCCAAAAGGCCAAGUGGAGGUUGUUGAAGGCAGGCCAGUCAUGCUGUCCUGCUCCGCUCCGAUCCUCUGUCCGUACCGACCCACGCUGUCAUGGACACCAAGCCUUGGAGACACCCAGGAGACAGUGGAAGAUGAGCUUGUGACCUCUGUGUUGACCUUCAAUGCCUCCCCGCUUCACCGUGGACAGAGGAUCACCUGCUCCUCCCUCUACAAGCGCCACACAGGACUAAGCAACGCCUCCUUCGAACAAUAUUUGACCAUCAACUUUUUGUGUGAGUCCAAGUCCCAGAGUCCCAAUGUGGUUGUGGAUGGUUCUAUACAGCAAUGUUCUCUACAGACCACUCCUCCCAGGAUCCUGCCCUCUUCAGGCUGCAGCAGAAUUGCAGCCUGGGUGCGAUGUUCCUGCUACAGCGAGGGCAGACCAUCACCGUCUCUGGAGUGGCGGUUGGAUGGGAAACUGGUGUCGGGUUCUGAAGACGUGUCUGUUAGCCAGGUCAACCUGGACAAUACAACCUCGUGGAGCGCCCUAACAAUCAAGGCCUUACCUGGGCCGACAGCCUUGACCUGCCACAGCUCCAACGCUGUUGGGAACACCAGCCAGAAGCUGCCUGUGUCCCACCUGGACACACAGCCAAACCUGACAGACGUGGUGCUGUGCACUGUCAAAUCUGCUGUGAUGUUCGUGGGAUUAGUGUGUGUGGUCGUCUGCAUUAUAAGAACCCGGAAAGUGGGGGAGGAGACGCGGUCCUUUAACGCUGCCACUGUGAAGCGAGCCCCCCCAGACGAGGAGGAGUCCCAGGUCGUCUUCGGAGGUGAGGGGGACAUCUACAUUAACAACGGGAUGCAGAUGAACCCGGAGCCGGUGGUGGAGGGGACUCCUGUGGAGCUGGGGUGCUCUGCCCGGUCCUACUGUGACACCCACCCCCCCACUGUGACGUGGACCCCCGCCCUGGGGCUCAGCACCCAGCUCCAGCAGGGCGAUACCGUGACCUCCACUCUGACCUUCAACGCCUCCCACCUCCACCAUGGAAACAAUGUCUCCUGCACUGCGGCCUUCUACAUACCAUCUGGCAACAAAACUUCAGAUGCCCCUAGGAACACCUCUGCUGUCGGCAGCCCGUGUCUUCCAGCCAGAGAGGGAGGCUGCCUCAACCUGACCUGCUCAAGUCAUGCUAACCCUGCUGUCAGCGAGUUCACCUGGUACCGAAUUCACGGAGAACACAUCCUUAAGAUCGGGAGUGGAUCUUCUCUGUCCAUCCAGCUGUGGAACGCCAAUAACGUUUACUUCUGUGAGGUCCGGAAUGACAUUGGCACAGAAAAGUCUAAUGUCUACAAGAUCGACAUUCAAACUCCUCCCAGGAUCCUGCCCUCUUCAGCCUGCAGCAGAAUUGCGCCCUGGGUGCGAUGUUCCUGCGACAGCGUGGGCAGACCAUCACCGUCUCUGGAGUGGCGGUUGGAUGGGAAACUGGUGUCGGGUUCUGAAGACGUGUCUGUUAGCCAGGUCAACCUGGAGAACGCCACGUUGAGGAGCUCCCUCACAAUGAGGGCCCCUGCUGGUCUGACAGCCUUGACCUGCCACAGCUCCAACGCUGCCGGGAACACCAGCCAGGAGCUUCCUGUCCCCCACCUGGAUACACAGCCAACCCUGACAGAACAACUGCCCUGGAUAGCUGCUACUGCAGUUCUAGCCGCGGGUCUGCUGUUUGCAACAGCGUGUGCCGUAAGAGCUUGGAAGAUGGCCACCCGGACAAGACUUGGCAGUGAUGGCCUACUCAACAAAGCUCCACCCAACCAAGGGAACUCCAAGGUGUUCUUCAGAAGUGGGGAGGACAUCUAUGCUAACAUUGAUACACUGAUGAACACGGUCGGACCAAGAGAGGAUCCUGUUGGAGCAGGAGAAGAGGCUGUGGGACUGGGAGAAGGGGCUGUGGGACUGGGAGAAGGGGCUGUUGGACUGGGAGAAGGGGCUGUUGGACUGGGAGAAGGGGCUGUUGGACUGGGAGAAGGGGCUGUUGGACUGGGAGGAGGGGCUGUUGGACUGGGAGAAGGGGCUGUUGGACUGGGAGAAGGGGCCGACUGUGAUGUCCUGUACACAACAGUGAAAUGGAAGAAGAAGUCCUAGAAAAAAGAGGUCUGAGCUCCUGGGGCAGAGACCCUCUGGGGCCCAGGGCCCCGGAGGCCCCUAGACUUCCUCUGGGUGGAUGAGGGAUGAGCUAAGGGCCGGAGGGAUGAGUUAAGGGCUACAUUGAUGGGUAAAGGCUAGAGGGAUGAGUUAAGGGCUACAUUGAUGAGUAAAGGCUAGAGGGAUGAGUUAAGGGCUACAUUGAUGAGUAAAGGCUAGAGGGAUGAGUUAAGGGCUACAUUGAUGGGUAAAGGCUAGAGGGAUGAGUCAAGGGCUACAUUGAUGGGUAAAGGCUAGAGGGUUGAGUUAAGGGCUACAUUGAUGGGUAAAGGCUAGAGGGAUGAGUUAAGGGCUACAUUGAUGGGUAAAGGCUAGAGGGAUGAGUUAAGGGCUACAUUGAUGGGUAAAGGCUAGAGGGAUGAGUUAAGGGCUACAUUGAUGGGUAAAGGCUAGCGGGAGGAGUUAAGGGCUACCUGGAUGAGUUAAGGGAUGUAGGGAUGAGUUAAGGGCUAGAGGGAUGAGUACGGGGCUAGACCAGGGGCCAUAUUCCCAAAGAAUCUUAGGGUUAAAAGUUAGGGUUAGUGGCUGAUUUAGGAGAAACCCUUAAGAAUAAUGGGCGUGUCAGUCUUAAAUGUUGGACUCCUAAUUGAUUUAAAUUAGAGCAAUUCACAAAGUAUUAUUGGCCCAAAAGUAGAACCCAAGUCUAGGAGAGCUUUAAAGUCCUCGAGAGGACACCUAACUCAGUAAGACCUAUUCACAAAUAAUCAGAAAAUGGCUGCAGCGAGACAAAAUGUUUUGGAGAUAAUAGAGGACUUCGAAUUGAUAAAGAGAUAUAGGCGUAUGGGUAUCAAACUUGUGGUUGAAUUUGUGAAUAACAACUUGAUAUUUAGCAACAGGGAAAAUGCAACUUUGCAAUGCUGACGAUUUAGGAAUAUCGCUGUUAAGGGAAACGUAUAAAUAUGUCCUCAGUUGUUGUAUAUAUAUGUAUAUAGUGUUGAUUCUGUACCCAAGUCCACAGAUUAUUGAACCACUGUGGGGAGCUGGGUAAGGAUGCAGGCUUGCGUCAUAUGUAAAUGAAGGUGCGUUCACAUCAAACACAUGUUCAGGAUGUAUAAUGCAGUUCUAAGAGAGAUCGGCCGAGCGUAACAUGCAUAAAUGGUAUUGAGAAAAUAUAUCAUGAACCAUGCCCAAGAGCUAAAGAGUUCAUCGCCUCCGUCCCAACUAUCUCUCAGAGUGUAGCGUAUGGGGAAGCGGCCUUCCUUAACGUCAACAAUCGCAACAUCAGUGAUGGUUAAAACACACGGGGCUGUAAAGCUUAGAUCGAGUGGUGACUCUUUGUCGCUGGCGUGGUGGAGUAUACGUAGAACGAAUAGUAUUCACUUCAGCCUUAUGGCAUAUUUAUUCACCGUUCAGAAGAGCCUACAGAAUACACGACUGGAUGCCGCUCAGUCAUUCAACAACAUCGCUCUAGCUUGACUUGACGCACUCAUCUGCUAGAGCGUAGUGACAUCAUCACGUUACCGUAAAACAUGUAACACAUUGUCAACAGGAUUAUACUGGUACCCUCCUACCACAGUUCAUGGAGUAAGGGUGCAAUCACAUAUUAACACUUAACAGGGGAAAUGUUACAAAUUAAUCUAUAAUCAUUCUUAUUAAUAUAUUGUAUUAAGUUUGUAAUCAGCUCAGUAGCAAUUGGUCCUGGUACCAGUUGGGCUUUCGCUUGAGUUUCAUGUCUUAGGCUUCGCUUUCUUUCAUCAUGAGAGGAGGACUUGAACAGCAGUAUGGGCUGAUUUUAAAGUGUUUGAGUUCUGGAUAUAUGCUCAAUGGAUGAAGUUUG